AUGAUACCUUAACAAUAAAAUUUUGAAGAAGUAAAAAGAAUAGAGAUCUGUAGGAGCAAUACACAAAUGACUGUUUAAUAAAGUUUCUAGAAUCUUGAACAAGAAAAUAAGUUUUAUUAUAUUAUAGAUUAAGUUUUCCUGAACACCCUAAUCCAAAUUUUGAUUAGCAAAAUUUAUAUAAUUUUAAUGUUAAAGAAUCGUCAACAAUUAGAUAGUUUGCUCCUGUAUUAAAAAAAUAAUAAAGUGAUACCUCAUCUGAUUACAAAAAACAUUAAAUCAUAUAAACAUAAAAAAGUAGCUCCAGAAAUAUGGAAAUUAAUCUAUAAAGAAUAAAAUUGAAUCCUAUUGAGGAAUAAUAAUAGAUAUCUAAGGUUAAUUUAGAAAAUUAAUUUAAAAGCAAAAAUGAAGAACAUCAUUUGAUAAUUAAAUGUGAUGAUACAAAUGAAGAUUUAAAUGAGAUUAUGUAAAAAAUAUAAUAUUAAUUUAGAUUUUAAAUUUAAGAGAAAGAUAAUGAUCCUGAAAUUAAUAGUUAAAACAUUUAGAUAUUGAGUUUAACUUAAAAAAAAUCUUUAAAAGAAUAAGAUUAAUAGAAUGCUUGUUCUAUUUGUGGUAGCAAUAAUGCAGUUAAAAUAUAACUGCUUGAAUGUGAGCAUAAAUUUUGUAAGUAUAUAUUUAAUUUUAAAUUAAAAGGAAUUGUUAUAAAGACUAUUUAGAAGAUAAGAUAAAAAAUGCUAAAAUAAAUAAUAUUUAUUGUUUACAAGAAGGUUGCAUAACUAAAUUUCCUGAAUCUGUAAUAAAGGAAACAGUUAGUGAAACUAAAUUUGCUCAAUAUUUAUUUUUUAAAUAUAAAUUAGAGAUUGAAAAUGAUAUGAAUAAAAAAUGGUGUCCAGCCAAAGGGUGUGAUUUAUUCGUUGAAAGAAAUCCAAAAUAAAACAUUGUUAUCUGUAAGUGCGGAGCAUCAGUUUGUUUUAAUUGUGGUUAGAUAGCACACUAAGGUUUGUUAUGCGAGGUAGAAUAUAGAAUUUAAAAAAUAGUAAGCUAUUGAAGACGAUUUUAGAAAUGCAAUAAAUAAGUAUAGCAUUAAAUAUUGUCCUGGAUGUAAGGCUCAUGUUCAAAAAAAUGCAGGAUGUAAUCAUAUGACUUGUAUUUAAUGUCAUUUUUAAUAUUGUUGGGUUUGUCUGUAACCCUAUUAUGAAUAUCAUUAUAGAUAUUGGUCAUUAAAAGGUUGUGCAAGUAAAUUAAUCUAUAUAUUUUAAGUAUGGUCUAAUGGAAGAUUCAAAACAAAUAAAGUUGUUAAUCAUCCUGAUGCAAUGAGAUGGAUUUUCUUUCUACCUCGUUUAAUUCUUUUUCUUUUAAGAGGACCAUUAUUAAUUUUAAAGUUUCUGUUUAUUGUUGUAGGGAAAUCUUUUAUUAAACCAUUUUAGAAACUUAAUAAAAAAGUAUUUAAAAAACUUUUCACUAAAUGUGGUUCAAAAUUUUGGUAUUAUUUUCAAUAAAUUUUGUUAGGUUGAUACGAAUUCUAAUUUUUUUUCUUGCAAUAUUCUUAGAAUUAUUCAUUUUGAUUACCGUGCUACUAAUCUUUCCUUUUUACUUGUUAUUCUAUAGGAUUUUUAAAGAAUUUAAAUGGCUCUGUAUUAAAGGAUGUGCUUAUUGA